AGGGAGGGGGCGCAAAUGGGUCAUCCGGGACCCGGAGAAAGUGGUGUUUUCCUCCCUCUGUGGGGGUGAGAACCAAACGGGAACGGCGGAUUCGUGGGAGCCGUACUGGGAGGCAGUUAAUUUCGAGUGUUAUCUCCCGUCCGGCACCUCCUUUAAGAUCACCGAAUACCUGAAUGUUAGCAACCAAGCCAUGUCUGCAUUACGUGGAGUUGUUCAUGCAAAAUGGAUCAUAGGGAAAGUAAUUGGAACCAAAAUGCACCAAACAGCUAAAGUGAGAGUAACAAGGCUGGUACUGGACCCUUAUUUAUUAAAGUUCUACAAGAAGCGAAAAACAUACUUUGCUCAUGAUCCUCAACAGCAGUGCAUCGAGGGAGACAUUGUCCUUCUGAAAGCUUUGCCUGAACGAAAAAACAAGAAUGUGAAACAUGAGCUUGCUGAGAUUGUGUACAAGGUUGGGAAAGUAAUUGAUCCCAUGACGGGGAAACCGUGUGCAGGCCAGAAGUUCCUGGAAAGUGUAGCAGACACAGAAAAUCUGACUGACAGAGAUACUAGCUUUCUUAGUGAAAAACUCCAAGAACUAAAAGUUUCUUCUCCAGACAAAUGAAAGGUUGGAAAAUAAUUUGGGACUUGUCUGCCUGUCUCAAGGAAAAGAUUUUAUUGAUAUAUAUAGGAAGCAUGAUUAAUAAUAAACUGAAGUUAGUGUGUACAUGCAAUAAAAUGUUAACAUUUGUUUUUAAAGUA